AUGAACCAAGCAUCAUGGAUCGUGAGGAAAAUAUUGAAAGCUAAAGAAAACUUUGAGAAAGUAGGAUACAAUUAUGAAUAUCUCAGGCAGAUGAUGACUUGCUCUAUAAAGCACUUAUACUAUAAAUUGCAAGAAGACUUUAACAAAGUGAGCUGGAGGAAAUUGGUCUGCAACAAUGCAGGAUGUCCUAGGUGGAUAUUCAUGCUAAUCUUGGUGGCAAAUGGUAGGCUGUACACAAAGGAUGGAUUGCUAAAGUGGGGAAUUCACAAUGAUCAAACAUGUCCUUUAUGUUCACAAGCAAAUGAAUCUAUACAACACCUAUUCUUUGAAUGUCAAUAUGCAGCUGAAGUAUGGAAAAUAUUGCUCAACUGGCAAGGUAUCAAUAGAAACAUCUAUGGCUGGUCUGAGGAGUUACAAUGGGCAGAGAACUGGGCAAGAAAUAGAAGUGCAACAACAGAGCUGUUCAAGAUUAUCUUAGCAGGCUGUGUAUAUUUUGUGAGGCAGGAAAGGAAUGCAAGACUAUUUCAAGCUAAAGCGAGGAACUGUGAGAUUCUUAGCAAGCUAAUUGUACAAGAAGUGCACUGUAGAAGCAAUAGGGAAAUAGCAAGAAUUCUAAGUAGAAUGGAUUACUAUCCAAUAUAA